AUGGCAACUCAGUAUUACUCGUCUUCAGCUGCCUCUGAGAAGUUGGAAGAAAUUGAUGAAGAACAACUCAUGUGGCAAUCUGAGCAUGCGGCGGCUCAUCAUCAUCACCACCACCAUCACCAUCACAUUCCAGAAGAAGACGAAGACGAUGACAGCGAGGAGGAUGAGUUGAUGAUUGAAGAUGCCUCCUCCAUGUCAUCUUCCCCUAGUAUCCCAGAUGAGAACAUUAAUUUUGAUCUUGUGUACGCGCUACAUACAUUUGUUGCAACUGUGGAAGGCCAGGCAUCGGUGGUUAAAGGAGACGCACUCAUCUUGAUGGAGGACACCAACAUAUACUGGUGGUUGGUGGAAGUAUUAAAGACACGUGAAGUCGGUUAUAUCCCGGCAGAGAACAUUGAGACACCAUACGAAAGAUUGGCUCGACUCAACAAGCACCGCAAUGUGGAAAUUACCUCACCUUCGAUCCACGACACAACACCUUUGCCUCUCGUGGCUCAACAUCCACUGAACCCAACUCGCAGAGUGACUAUUGGCGAUGAAUCCAUGUCAAAGAUAUUCCACUACGAAGUAGAGUCAGAAAUCGACGAGGAUGAAGAUCAGGAGCGCUAUGAGGAAAUGGAUGAAGAUGAUUUGAGCGAAGAGAACCAUGAUCAGACACAUACUGACAAUGACCAUGCCAGCGAGACCCAGCAGCACCAAGAAGAGUUUCACGAAAUGAUUAUGGAUCCAGAAGAGCAACCGGUGGAGACAAAGCAAGAGUGGCAGGAGAAGAGCUGGGACAUAGAAGACACACAACAGCCAACAGAGAUACCGUCCACCAGCACCACAUGUUCUACGCUGGAGCAGAACAGCGAAGAGGAACAGCAGCCACAGACCAUGGAGCUUCGUGUGUUUGCCGGCAAUAUAGGACAAGGCCCAUUAUUCCACACAUUCUACAUCUCGUUAUCCACUACGGCAGAUGAGUUGGUCAAGACAUCCGUUCAAAAGUUUGGCAUGAACAUCAACAUGGAGCCAUCUGAAAACACAACUAUCGAGUAUUAUUUGGCUGUGCAGGGAAUGGAUGGCGACGAGUACGUGCUUUCUGCUCAGGACAAGCCAUUUUCCAUCUUCAAAACCUUAACAGACUCACUCACAACACCUAUGCCUUCAUUCUCACAUAUCAAGCGUAUUUCGCAGCAGUUAUUGAGCUCACUUCAAUCACGCAACAGCACAUCAAGACGACCCAGAUCCAGCAGCUUCAGCAACUAUGAACAGACGAAUUAUGACGAAGAUUCAGUCAUUCGAUUUUAUCUGCACCGUCGUAUCAAACGAGCACAUGAACGAGAAGGAUUACUCUACAUUAAAGUGUCUCUCUAUCCAGAUGAAACUUCAAUUAUCACCUCUACUAUGGCGGGUCCCCAGCCUGCAUUCACCAAGAAUCCCACUGUGCCCAAAUCCUCCAAAAUGUCCAAAAAGAGACAGCAGCAGCAACAGCAGAUACGCUCUGAAAUCGAUCGCAUUGACAAGAUUAUCUCUGUGCGUCAAGAGUCUCUUAUUGGCGCAGUGAUUAACCUUGCACUGGAAAAGUUUCAUGUGCCUGAUGCUGUAGCAGACGAUUAUCAGGCCGGCAAUCCUGAGCAAUUACAGGAUUCCAGGCAACUAGGCAAGUACAAAAUGUCGGUACGGGGUCACGGUCAAGAAACUGAAUUAAAUCCAAAUGAACUCAUGUCAAAUGUGCUUCUACAGCAGAAGUCCUCGUCUCCUAAUCACUCAGGCCCCAUUACAAGUGAUUUGCUCUUUGUACUACGCAAAGCAGGAUCAGCCGUCAAGAAGCCAUAUCAAAAGGAACGACACUUGGGCAUGCAAAAGUCGAACCAAGUAAACCCACUGCCACCCCUGUCCAUAUCGCAGCAGCAGCAGCAGCAGCAGCAGCAAAGUGACGAGUACACCAGAAGGCCAAGUAUCCUUGAUAUUCUAAUGGAUGCUGCUCCUAAAAUGGGUGAAAGAAGACCGAGUGUCAUGAGCAGUCUACUUGAACCCCCACCACGUUUAACGGAGGAUAACAGGAGACCAUCUGGUCUAAAUAAUAUCAAUCAGGAACGCAAAUCACAUCAACAGCAAUACAUCCAGCAAGCUUCACCUUCGUCCUCUUCUUCCUCUUCUUUUCCUACAAGUACAAAAUCACCCAACUCCAUUCUUGGUUUCAACAGACGCUCUUCUGCUCAAUCAUCUUCUGUUCUAUCCAGCUCUUCUAUCGACGAACAGCAACUUGUAAAUUCGGACUCUACCCUUAUUAUAGACCAUUUAGAAGUGACACCUACAUCCUCAUCAUCUAUCAUGCGCCCAUCCAACACUAACAGCACAGACAGCAGAAAGAAGGAAUCCUUCAAGCAGCAAUUUAAGCGCUUUGUCGGUUGGGGAUCUUCCUCCUCUGCAUCCACAAAGAAACAAGCCAACAUACCGCCUCCAUUGACAACGCCCUUUUCUACUCAAAGCGACCUUCAGUCUCCCUCUGAGAUCAGCUUUGUCUCUGCUCCAUCCACGCCGCUUCCACCCACACCUGGCACACCAAGAUCCUUUUUGCCAGCUAAUCCAAAAUCUCGCCAAGGUAGUGCCAGCCAUCCGCUAGAAGUAAGCACCCCCAUAAUGUCACGAAGACCCAGCGAGGCUACCGCUCUCAAUGACCCAUCUGCAGCAGCCAUGGCAGCCGCAGCAGCCGUGACAGCAGCCAACAAGAGACUGUCUACCGUGUCCUCUGUGUCCUCUUCAACGGCCUCCUCUGUUACCUCGGAAGAAAUUGCUGCUGCUGCCCAUCAAGGACUCAUGAUGGCUGACACCAAUGACGAUGAUAGCUCGGAUGACGAAGAUCAGCAAGAGAGACCAACAUCGGUAAGCAACGGGAAUAGCAAUGACGCGAAAAAGAAGGACAAGGGCUCUUUGGAACAGUCGGUCGAUCUAUCACCACAACAAGCAAUGCAAGCUGAAGUAACAACACCUAGAAACGCUGCUGUAGAGGAACCAAAUGACAUUCAAGUACAGUAUGCCAUGUGGAUGAAUAGCCAAACGAAUGUGAAUAUCCCAGAAGAGGAAGCAAGUGCAGCCCCUAUUCUACCUGCUAAGAGCCCUGCUUCUUCAAUUAUUACGGUAUCUAGUUCGGCAAUCCUGACCAAAGCACUUCCCCCUGUCACUCCACACCAACCAGCUAAAAGUCCACUGAGAAGCAAAUCAUCCAACAUUUCAAAUGCUACCACUGCAACAGCUAACAUGGCACCCUCAGUUGUUGCCACAACACCAGCACAGUCGACUUGUGCUACAACUGCUACUCCUUCUAUUGCCUCGGCAAAUACAAAAACAGAGAUUGAGGAAGAUGCCUCAUCCAUUCAUCAGCAGCAACAGCAGCAGCCACCACAUCAACCACAGCAAAAGCAGCAGCAGCAACAACAGCUGGAACCACUCCACCCGAUGCCAUCGAACAACGGACAAGAUCUAGACGAUUUAUUCCUACUCGUAGCACAUGGCGUUGAUUUCUUGACCAUAAGAGAAAACACAAAAUGGGAAGAAGAAGGGGGGUAUGAUUUCCAUCCAUGGAAUAGGCCUCAAAGCUCGUUUGCUGUACGCCAACAGGAACAACAGCAGCAACAGAGAAACAAGGAUGUUCCACCACUUCCUGUAGAUUAUACCAGCCAGCGAAAUCAGAGCCAAGAUGGCUCCAAUGGGUCAAUCUCAGGUUCGUCAGCAAGCAUGAAUGGCAACCAUGAGACUGCUGCAGAUAAUACAAGUGCAGCAUUGACCAUGGCACGGUCCCUAUUACUAUCCCCUGCUGCUUCUGAGGAACAACAACAACAACAGCAGCAGAAGCAAAAUAAGCCAAUUUCACCUCCCUUGACCCCUUUACCACAACAGCCAUUGCAAGAAAAUCCUCAAGAGGAACAUGUACAACAACCACAGCAACAAGAGUCGCCUCUAUCAAUGGCUAAACGUAUUUUGGGGGCUAAAGUAGAAAUCCCAUCACCCAGCGCACAGCCUGUCGCUGUGCCUCAACAGCAUCAAUCUGUGGAUGAUGAGGAACUACAACGUAUUGUUGCCUCACAUAUUGUGUUUUAA